GCGCACGCGCGUUACGGUGGGCUCGCGGGGCGCGGGUCAUGUGGUUGGCGGUGACUCUGACACUCUUGUGUUUUCAUUCUGCUUAUACUUUUCUCCUGUCAGAGUGUUGAGUAUUGAACCAGGGUUUCAGAAAGAAACUCACGGACGUACACAAGUUUAUUCGGUUAACGGGGGAUCGGCAGACGUGUUUACAAGAUUGAAAGGUCGGAACUCAGAGGGAAGCAGAGAGGAACGUGCGAGAGGAAUGGCAGACGACAGGGAUGCUGAUGAGGUGACCCCGCUGUUGAACUCUGGGACUGUGAACGCACCCGCACCAUCAGUGUUCCAGGGGAGACGGCUGGCGUGUGCAGCUAUCCUAUUGGCCGAGUCCCUGGAGAGGAUUGCAUUCUAUGGCAUCACAUCCAAUCUGGUUCUGUUCCUCAACACCAGCCCGUUUCGUUGGGAUGGCGCCGAGGCGAGCCAGGCACCACUUUUGUUCAUGGGAAUCACCUAUCUGAUCUCACCGUUCGGUGGUUGGCUAGCAGAUGCAUACCUUGGGAAAUUCUGUACCAUUGCUCUUAGCUUGGUCUUCUACUUCCUUGGCAUGUUGUUUUUCCCAUUUAUUUCUGAUGAGGACACAAUGCAGAAUCUAUGCGGGGAUCAGGGGCAAUUUAUCGUACUAGCACCUGAAUGUCUAAACACCAGCUUCCCCCCACCAAACAACGUGACCUGCAAUGCUCGCACACCAUACUGCAGACCCGCAGUCUACUGUGGACUCAUACUGAUCGCGUUAGGGGUUGGUACGGUCAAGUCCAACAUCACCCCUUUUGGUGCGGAUCAGGUGAAGGACCGAGGCCCAGAGGCCACCCGGCGCUUCUUCAACUGGUUCUACUGGUGCAUCAACCUGGGGGCCAUCAUCUCCCUGGGAGGCGUGGCCUACAUCCAGCAGAACGUCAGCUUUAAGCUGGGCUACAUCAUCCCCACCGCCUGCCUCGGCGUCUCCUUCCUGGUGUUCCUGCUGGGCCGUACCGUCUUCAUCUCCAAGCCCGCGGACGGCAGCGCCUUCACAGAGAUGUUCCAGAUCCUGGGCUUCGCCUGUUGCUCCUCCAGGAUACCCAAGGAGCCCAGCCUGCUACGCCCUAAGCCCACUAUGCUGGAUGGAGCCAAAGCCAGCUAUGGGGGGAAGUUCCCAGAGGAGAAGGUAGAGGAGUUGAAGUCCCUGCUGAAGAUCCUGCCUGUUUUCUUUGCUCUCAUUCCAUACUGGACUGUGUACUUCCAGAUGCAGACUACAUACAUCCUGCAGAGCCUGCAUUUGAGGAUCCCCGGUUACGACUCCAACAGCACUUCUGGCUCCCCGCAGUUCUCCUUCCGCUUCCCCACGGCCUGGCUGACGAUGUUUGAUGCAGUGCUCAUCCUCCUGCUGAUCCCCCUUAAGGACAAAGUGGUGGACCCCAUCCUGAAGCGCCGGGGCCUGCUGCCCUCCCCCCUCAAGAGGAUCGCCGUGGGGAUGUUCUUUGUCAUGUGGUCGGCGGUCGCGGCGGGUUUACUGGAGACCAAGCGGCUGGAGAUUGUGAAGACGAACGGCACCAUUGACCAGGAGCUUGGCGGGGUGAUCUACUACGCUGCAGAUUUACCCAUCUGGUGGCAGGUGCCUCAAUAUGUGCUGAUUGGAAUCAGCGAAAUAUUUGCCAGCAUUGCAGGUCUGGAGUUUGCCUACUCAGCAGCCCCUAGGUCCAUGCAGAGUGCCAUCAUGGGUCUCUUCUUCUUCUUCUCUGGGAUCGGCUCCUUCGUGGGCUCUGGCCUGCUGGCCAUUGUCUCCCUCAACGCCAUUGGCUGGAUGUCAUCACACAACGACUUUGGUAACAUCAACCACUGCAAGCUGCACUACUACUUCUUCGUCCUGGCUGGGAUCCAGGGCCUCACCCUCCUCGUCUUCCUCAUCGUCUCGGUCAAAUACGACAAGCAAAAGGGCCGGACAGGAAGUUACAGGCGGAGUCAGUCCACUUCCUGACCAGCGUCCACCCAUGCACCACUGUGCCUUGCCCACAAUAAGCCUGAGAAGGACCCCCCCCCUCCCCCAUGAUCACCUCCUCCAGGUCUUCUUGCUUCCCUGUUUGGUACGGUUGCUUUUUUUUGUGCAGUGUUUUAUUUGUGUUGUUAUUUAACAUGUUUUUGACUUGGGACUUGGCCUUACUUUAUACAGAUCUCAGCUUAGCAUCGCUGACCGGGGUUAAGGGGUUAAUGCUGAUCGCAGGGUACGCUCCAAUCGAUUACUGAGGUACUUCUCCAAUUGUGUGUUGUUUUACGUUUUAUGUCCCCUUUGAUGAAUUUGCACUUGAGUUCAGGAAUUGCGAUCAUGCUUAAAGUGUUAUUCAUGAUGAAGUAUCCAGAUGUUUUUGUCUCAAGUUGAUGGUGCCUUACUUCUUGCUGUACUGUUGUUCCGAAGGCUUUGUGGAAAAGGCAAUAACCACUUUUGUACCGUAGGAUUCACCUGUCUCUGGUUUGCCUUUUUUAUUUCUGGACAGGCACAUUGAAUUAGUAUUAUCAGUUUUGUGUUUUUAGAUGGGUUGUCAUUUAGAAGGAGGUUUACAAGAGAGCUUCAUGUGAACAAUAUUUAUGUGUGUUUAUAACUGUGAAUGUGCUUUUUUUCCAUCAAGAUGGCUUUUUAGUCACACAAAUGUGUUAUAAAUGGGAUUUGAUUUCAAAUUGCAGCAAAUUACUUGGAUAGAUUUGCCUACUCAUUGUAAAAGAUAAACGGAGCAGCUGCAUUUGCCUUGUUCAUUAUUGCUUACAUUUUAGAUAAUUAAAACAUCUGAAUGAAGUGACUUCAUUUUUGUAUUUUGUCUCUUAAAAAAAAACGUUUUUCUAUUAGCAAUUGGUUGAUUAUACUGUUAAACCACCAGGAAAUAGAGCACAAAAUAAAUAAUUCUUGGAUUACAUUUGUACCAGAAAGAUCACUCCUUAUGUCAAUGUCAGUUACAUGGGUUCUUCAAGUCAUUUACUUUCUGUGUGUCUUUGCAUUUGGGGUUUUGAAAAACUUUCCAACAUUUAUUUGACUUUAUUUUGCAUAUGAGAGAAAUAAUUGGUGUCGAAGUUCUGAACUUUAAUGAAAUAAGAGCACUGGAAUUUGUUCAGAAAAUUCUCCUUGACAUUAAAUGUGUGAAUUCUAAACUGUUGCCAUUUUUUAAAUGAGACAACAUUCAUAUGAACUAUAAUCAUUAUGUCUUCUUGACAAGCAUGGACAUAAUUUCAUUAAUAUUUCGAGCCCAGCAAAUACAGUUAUCUCUGAGGAUUAGUAAAACGAAUGUAGCGUGUCAGUCAGGGCAUCAAACAUGCAUGAAUAACAUCUGUUUUCCACAAAGACUUGUUGGCUGGCAAUG